ACCCCAUCCCCCAUGCGCCGCCGGUUUUGUUGGCCGCUGGUCGCACUGCUGCCAUGUCCAGUGCUGGGGAAGGGUGAUGAAAGCUGCUGGGUGGAUGGCGUCACCUGGGAACAGUGCUGCGCGCCCAGAUUUGGGCCGGAGGGGAACAGCGGCUGCUGGGGAGGCGACUUCACCUUCGAGCGCUGCUGCAUCGACUCGGAGGCGCCCCUGCCUGCGCCGCUGGCGGAGUCCUCCGAGGCCUAUCCAGGCUGUUUCGUCCGCGACGUGGUCUUGCGCCAUGCUGGCGCACAUGCGGUCUUCGCGGACCUCUCUCUCUACGGGCACCAGGGGUGUUUCUUGAAGAAUUGCUCCAAUACCGACAAGUUUGAAGCGGUGGACCCAGGCAUCUGCGCACGGGCCUGUGCAGCUGUGGAAGGGUGUACGGCUUGGAGCUAUGGGCAGCAGUACGGAACCAAGAAGUGCUUCCUCCGGAAAUCCGAUGAAGGUCGCGCCUCAUUGCCCCACUGGAUCAGCGGCCUGAAGGCCUGUGCGCCGAAAGCGCUCCUGCCGGCUGCGGUGGCACACAGCGCGGCGAACAGUGAGGGGCUGAAGAAGUGCGAUGCUGGUAAAGGGGAGGAGUGCCCGAACGUGCGCUCUGCGAUGAACACCUGGAUCUUCGCCAUCGACCAUUUGCAGAUGGCCUUCCGUGGCCGUGUCGAUGCCGACACCUGGCAACACAUCGAGCGCAUUGGACAGGAGUCUCGGAACUUCCUCCAGCAGCUGACGUCGCCGUAUCGGCCCAGUGACAAGGACUUCCCCCGGGUGGUCUACAACAACCGGUUGAUCUUCACUCACUUGGAAGGUGCUUUGGCGUCUCAGUCUUCUUCGGAGUCCUUCUUCAGCGAGGACGCCUCCCUGCCGAACCCUUUGCGCUUUGGCCGCCUCUGUGGAAACACCUCGUGCUACGACCUCACUUGACGCACCGGAC